UGUGCGAUUUUGGUAGAAGCGUUGAACGGCACACACAUGAGUGACGGAGACUGACUCACAAGUCGCAUUCCCAUUCUUACGCUGUGCUGUUACAAAUUCAAGUGCUGCACUUGAUAAUGCGGUGAUUACGAGGUCAUCGAAUGCUCAGGAAACGAGAUUACUACACCGGUGAAGAAACUACGUAGGAACUUUUACGUCAUCAUCUGACGAUGCUAUUAUCAAGACUUCGGAAACCGCCUACAGGUGGUUCCAGAUGCUUGUUAUUUCACCUCCUUCUGCUGUCUGAAUGGGGUGCGUUGGUCGCUUUUAACCUGGAACCGGAGUCCUACAACAUUUUUGAAGAUCCCUUGAUUGAUGAGUUGUCCUGGGGACGAGAGACCUACUUUGGAUUUUCAGUCGCUCUCCAGAAAAACCCCGCGGACGGAUCCUCGUGGCUUCUCGUGGGAGCUCCUCGCGGGAACUCGAGCUUCUAUCCGGAUCCGAGGGUCGUGACGGAACCCGGAGCCAUCUUCAAGUGCAAUGUCCAGAACUCAUCCUGCGAAGAACUCUGGAUUGAUCAGGAAGGAAACGAGGGUCCAGCGGAUUUCAGAUCGAACUACAGAGAUCUGAAAAACAACGGAUGGCUCGGCGGUGCCAUAGAUACGCAACAGACCUCCGGUGGAGGACGGAGAGCAUCUGGGGUAUGCGCGCCCAGAUGGAUCAACCAGUUUUACGGCAAUUACUACAUGAACGGCGCCUGCUAUUGGAUGAAUUCAUCUCUUCCUAACGGACCUGCGCAUAAGAAAUUGCCCCUAAUUCAUCAUGAGGACAUAGCAAGAACUAUUCAGGGGAAUAAAUAUUUUUAUUUCGGCUACGCUCAGGCUGGCAUGUCUCUUCAUUUAGCUGACGACCCUUCAGAGAUGAUCAUCGGAGCUCCUGGCGUCUUUAACUGGAGAGGGUCGGUUGUUCGCCUAAGAGAUGCCAACAGUGAGCCCUCCCGUCGACGUCGACAAGCAAGACCAAGCAACGGCAUCGAAGAAUCUCAGAUGUUCUCGACCGUCGAUGUUUUCAAUCCGUUCAACGUGAGGGAAAUAGACAGCUUUAGUCUCAAUGGAUACGCUGUCACUUCUGGGUAUUUUUUCAAAGAAGGAGAACGCCUGUACGCGAGCGGUGCCCCACGAAGCGCGUCUUCUUUUGGUAAGGUUCUCAUUUUCGCCUUCCCGAAGCCUGGAAGCGAAGCUCUGGAUGUGAGGAAAGUUCUGAGGGGAUCACAAGUUGGGGAGAACUUUGGAACGGCUCUUGUGUCAGCUGACGUCAACGGCGACGGCCUGAGUGACCUCAUUGUGGGAUGCCCAGUUUAUUUUGAGGACCGUGACCCUGGCAUGGGCAGGAUUGAAAUCUUCCUUAGCACAAGGACUAGGAGCAUGAAGAGUGCUGGCAGCCGCUUUGGAUCACGUGUGUCCUCAGCUCUCUUUGGCACGACUCUUACAACUCUUGGAGAUUUGAAUCGUGAUUCCUUUGAAGAUGUGGCAGUCGGAGCGCCAUGGGAAAAUGACGGCUCCGGGGCUGUGUAUGUCUACCUCGGGGCAGAAGAUGGUCUUCGUGAGGGAUUUUCGCAACGUCUCUCCCCUGGAGAUUUCCCAAACCGGGAGCCACUCCGAGGAUUUGGCAUGGGCAUCUCCAAGGGAACCGACGUAGACGACAAUGGCUACCCUGAUCUGGCAAUCGGGAGCUUCUUAUCGAGCAAUGCGGUCGUGUUAAAAUCUAGAAGUGUGGCAACACUGAACGGGUCUCUGAGCGCCAACCCAUCUGCUUUUCCUGAAGACGCCACAGAAUUUAAGCUAACUGCCUGCAUCACCUAUGGCGGUUACAAUGUCCCCCAAGUUGCUGACAUCCAAGGACAGAUCGAGUUAGACGACAAGCAAAUGUUUUCCAGAGCCACUUUCAAGGAGUCUGGCAGUUCAAUGAUAAACAUCACCAUCAAGCACGACGCUCGCAAUGGAGCAACGAAUUGUUUAGAGUUUGACGCAAAUGUGGAGGUCAUGAAACUUGACCCAAUGCGACCUUUGAGCAUAAGAAUGGACCACUGGCUCUUAGAUACUCCUGGAAAAAGAAUGAGUCUUGCCAAGACGGACCCAGCAGGAGGAAAGAGUUCCAGACUGGUGGUGGGAGUCGAGACCGACUGCGACGCUGACGGAAACUCCACCUGUUUGACAAACAUGACCAUCAGAGCUGCUUUCGUUAAUUACAAAGGGGAUCAGAAGUAUCCCAUCGGCAGCAAGGAGAGCCCCGUCGUAGAAAUGACCGUCACGAACUCCGGAGAGUCGGUCUUCCUCCCCAACGUCACGGUGGAGGUUGCCAGGCCCUUUGCCCUCUUCAUGCCCACCUCCCACAGCUGCGAAUUCCCCGACAAAGCGAAGCGACUGUCACUUGUCUGCCAGAUGAGGAAUCCCAUCAAGAAAGGCGAUAAGGAUGUCCUUCGAGUGUCAAUAGAUGGAGACAAAGUGAAGGACACGACAGCGAAUGAACUGGAGGUUCACAUGAAGGCUGCUGGCGAAGGAGUUGAACUAGAACCAGCUGAUAAUGUUAUCAUCCAGAAACUGCCGCUUUUGGCCAAAGCCGAGUUGGAACUCCGCGGGUACUCAACGGACGAAAAGGUUUUCUACAAACUGAUAGGCGAGAACGCGAUCAAUAAGACCAAGAGCAAAUCAUCUUUCAUACAGCAUUUCACGGUGAUCAAGACGGGACCUACGCCAAUCGAGGAGGUGGAGUUAGUCGUGGACAUGCCUGUCACCGUCAAUGGGGAAGCACUGAUUAGUCUCUUUUCUCCAGAGAUAGAAACACAAGACGGCCAAUGUAGGGAUGAAGGUCUCAUCGGGCCUUUUCAAAAUGGGAGGAAUAACGCCGGCCCUAACCGGAGAGUUGGUCUUCCAAAUACCACGACACACGAUGCCAACGAUACGGAUUUCUCUCCCAGGGUGACAACAACAGGAGUACACUCAGACGACGCGCCAGAGAGACAGAGGAGGGAAUUCUCCUGCAACAGAGCAGAGGUGUCCUGCAAAAGAUUCGUGUGUCACAUCUAUUCCUUACCAGGAGGAAGCGCUACUGCGCAGUUUUCCGUGAACAUGGUCAUUGAUUUGGCUGUCUUGGAAAAUCACAUCUCACCCAAAGUUGGCGCUGUAGUCGUUAGCAGAGCAUUUGCCACCAUAGUCUCCAUUAGGCCAGACUUGGAAUUCCAAGGGACCAAGAGUACCGGUGCAGAGGCCAAGACGGAAGUCCUGCCAGACACCAUGGUGAAGGGGAGAGUCCCUUGGUGGGUCAUCUUCUUGGCAGUUCUAUUCAGCCUACUGCUGUUGGCGCUUAUUGUGUUUCUUCUUUAUAAGAAAGGAUUCUUCAGACGCAAGGAACGUGAAGAAAUGAAGGCUCACAGGGCACGCAUCGUUGCGUCCGUUUACGAGGAGAACAAGCCCGAGUAGAGAGAGCCUCACCAGGGCCUCACUCACAUCUCGUUUCCUCACUGAAAUCCUGCUGCCUCAUUCCGCGGAGGACGGGACGACCGGUCUGAUUCAAGUCCUCAUACGCUUCUUUUUUUUCUAAGUGAGAAAUAUUGAAAUACCCUCGAUGAGGUCUCCAGUACACUCUUCUGGAAAUGAACGAGACUUUGUUUAUGAAUGGGCAUCUGUUGUCUACACCGAAUUUGAAUCAUGGUCAAUU